AUGCAUCUAAUAGUGUUAUAUUACAGCGGCGCGUUCCGUUCGUCGGCCGCGGGCGGUGGUGACCCUCCGCCUCUGUUCCUGCCUCCUCAUCUCUCUCAUCUAUCCCAGCAUCUCAAUCAUCUAUCGCAGCCUUUCUUCCCGUUAAAAGGUUGGGGCGCGCCUUGUCCGUGUUGUCCUAAAGAAGAGGCUCGUUCAACGAGCGUGGCUGAGUUAAGACGUAAAGCUCACGAACAUUCCGCUGCUUUACUUCAAUCGCUAGCAAACUUCCAGUCGCGAGCGUUCCCGCUCCCGCUCCCGCUGCCGCCUCUGCCGCUCCCGCUGUUACACGAGCCACCGCCGACUGAACCACCAAAACAUCUCGAAUAA